GACCGACCCGCCCGCCUUGGGGAGGCUCCGCGGGGCCCUUGUGCCCGGCGAUGGAGGACCCGGCGGUGUCGGUGCUGAAGCGGGCGGUGGAGCUGGACGAGGCCUCCCGCUUCCAGGAGUCGCUGGUUUGCUACCAGGAAGGCAUCGCGCUCCUCUUGCAGGUGCUCAAAGUUACAAAGGAUGAGAGGAGAAAGGCUCAUUAUCGGGACAAGAUAACACAUUACAUGAACAGAGCGGAAAACAUCAAGGAAUAUCUUAAGAAAGAGAAAGAAGAUGGAAAAUACCACAAACAAAUUAAAAUCGAAGAAAAUACCAAAGGUUUUAGUUACGAAAAACUAUUCCAAGAAUAUCUUAAUGAAACUGUUACAGAGGUUUGGGUUGAGGAUCCAUACAUUAGACAUGUCCACCAGUUGUACAACUUCUUGCGAUUCUGUGAAAUGCUCGUUAAGGGACGAUGCAAAGUGAAAAGAAUACAUCUUCUUACCUCUUAUGAUGAAGGCAAUGGACGGAGUCAACAGAUAAACAGCUUGGAAGAAAUUCGACAGUCCCUGGAGGAUUUUGGUGUAACUCUGGAUGUAUCAUAUUCUUCUUCAAUACAUGAUCGAGAGAUUAGAUUCAACAAUGGAUGGACAAUUAAAAUUGGAAGAGGCCUUGAUUAUUUCAAGAAACCGCAGGGCCGUUUUUGCCUUGGAUACUGUGACUUUGAUUUGAGGCCAUGUCAUGAAACUACUGUGGAUAUCUUUCAUAUUAAGCAUACGAAGAAAACAUGAUUCCUAUUCCAACCACUCUUACUACUUUUGUGAGCUAUUUUGUCUACUGUGCACUUUUGUAAAUAAAUGGAACUUUUUGUUAUUUUUUUAAAA